AUGUCGGGCCUCCUCUCGUAUGUCCCCAUAGCCAACCGGCUCGUCGGAACAGGCUCGAGGCAACAAGCAAUCCACCUCCCACCAGUCGAGAUCCACCAGAUCGAGACGAACCCUGGCCGAAGAGCCCGAUGCCUCAAGCACCUCCUCAAGGCCAACCACGUCAACUACUCCAUCGUCUACAACCAUCUGCGCUCGGUGAACCAAACCUCCCACCUCCUCAGCACGGCAUACCUGCUCGGCGCCGAUGAGACCAAGUUGAAUGACUUGUACGAGGUCGGCAUCAAGCACCUGGAGCCAUGGACGCCGUCCCCUGCAGAGGUCGCCGACCUGGACUGGCAGGACUUUCUCGGCGAGAGGGAGUACCAGCGAGCCUACGUCGACUUUUUCGAGGACAAGCUCGCCAUGGAUUUUGCCUACAAUUGGAAGCAGCAGCUCCAACACUUUCUUUUCAGUGGCGACAUGCCAUUGUGCUAUAGCCUAAUUGGCGACGGUACGAAGUGA